UUAAACUUUGUGGACGACUCUGAAACAAGUUUUAUAAAAAUCCAUUCACAGCAUGGACAAGGGCAUCCCCUGGGCUGUUGUGAUGAUUCUGUUAUCAGAUGUGUGCACAGGCGAGAAUAUUUUACCCCCAGGACCUCUGAGUGGAGCGGUAGGAGGAAGAGUGAAGUUCACCACCAGCCUCAGCCGCCCAGAGAGUCCAUUUCUGUCGGUCAGCUGGAGCUUUAAAAGCGUGAACAUCAUCACUUCCACCAGCACCAACAUCACCGAGCCAGGACACACGAACAGGAUCUCAUUAGAUCGAGCCACAGGAAGCCUGGAGCUCAGGAACCUGGUGCCGGAGGACAGCGGGGAGUACACGCUCACCAUCAUACCAGACGGGGGGCUGCAGAGAAUAGGGAGGAUCACUCUUAAUGUGUAUGUACCGAUAACCAGCGCCACCAUUCGCAGCCCUGCGGCCGUCCUGAUAGAAAAUCAAAGCUCCACCAGCCUCACCUGUGAGGCCUCCGGCUCCAUCAGCACCAGAGAGUGGAUAAAAGAUGGCCGUUUCCUUCAUCUCAGUGACAGUGUCAGCUUAUCGAUGGACAACAGGACCGUGUUCAUACGACCCGUUCACAGCUCCAGCCACGGCACCUACCAGUGUCGAGUCAGCAACCCCGUCAGCAGCCUGACUGCAGUCCUCCAUCUCACUGUCAACUAUGGACCAUAUAAUACAUCAAUUAUAGGGCCAUCAGCAACGUCGCCUGGCCAGAAAGUGACACUGCAGUGCACAGCAGUUUCUAUCCCUCCAGCAAACUUCAGCUGGGCGUUUAACGGCACUGACACACAUGUCAACACCUCCGUGUUUGUCAUAGAGAAGUUAGAGUCUAAAAGCAUUGGGAAUUAUACCUGCACUGCCAGAAACAUGGUGACCAAGAAGGAAAAUUCUGCUGUCCUGGAUCUGAGAGCAUGCUCGACUGCCCCCUGUUGGUCAUUCUCGGCGUUGGUCAUCAGUGCAAUUAAUCUAAAAGGGUUAAUUUAAGAUAACAAUAAAUGCACCUAAUGAAAAAAAAAACUCCAAUGAGAAGCUAACCACAAUGUGCAUUUCAAGGAAAACAUUGGAUUCUGCGGAAAGCUGAGACGGACCUGAUGUGAAAGAGAAACUCAUCCAUUGUCUAGAAAUAAAGAGUAGUUAAACAGAAAGACAUGUGUAAAUAUUUGAUUAUAAUUAUACCUUAUUACUAUUACACUCAAAUAAGCCUAGGAUUAUUCAUUUUGUGGGAGUUUGAGGUUUACAGUCUUCCUGGGAUUUUACUGGCACUUUUUUUUCCCUGGCUGGAAGUAAUAUAAAUGUUUUUUAAGUAGUCCUGCCAGAGUACGGAAGGAGUGAAGGAUUAAGGUUCUGGCAACGAGGCCUCCAACGUCAAAGACUUAAAGCUCAACCAAAUACCAGAGGAAACAUCCAAUCACCUGGUCAGCAGUCAUUAUAAGAGUUUGAUAUAAGGCAACAAGGACAUUUUCCAUUGAUUAUUAAAGAUAGUUUUUAUUUUAUUUUUAACGUGCCAUUGUUUAAUAAAAUUUAAAUAAAACUG